CAAAAAUCAUCGAUUUUUUGGCGAGGUCGGUAUUUUAGCAUCAGAAUUCUCUAUUGCAUCUACACUAUUUCUUGUCUAUGGAAAACACAUGAUCCUCGAUUUUAAUCGAUGAAAAACAAAAGUGUAGAUAUAUCCUUUGGUAUGAAUAAAGGAGGAAAAAGAUAUAUUGCAACAUAAAACGUACAUUAUUUAUAUGAAGUAAUAACAUUCGAAUUCUAUUGAUAAGGCUAGUAGCAUAAUUGGUUACGUUUGUAGCUCAGUGCUAUAAGGAAUGUCGGUUCAGGUCUGAGGUUUGCGCCUGGUCACCGUGGUGACAGUUCUUCGAUACCUGAUAGUGACGCUUUCUUCUUUUCCUUGGCUUGUAUUAACUACACCUUCCGUUCAUGUUGUUUAAGUGAUUUCUAUUAAUAAAUUUGUGAUGGCACAGACGCUUGUUUGUAUACAGUACUUUCUCAUCGGUGGUGCUAUUAUCAUUGGUGUGUGUGGUAUCAUAGAAAGUGUUUGCGCGGGAUAUUUCAUAUACCAGUUGUAUGAAUAUUCAUCCCUCACGUCUAGCAAUGUAUGUGGUUCAGCGAUAAUAUUGGCCGUGAUGGGUUUGAUAACGUGUAUGAUAGCUUGGUGCGUUUGGCAAUUCCUAGAUUUCACAAAUAGGGGCCAAGUUAUAAUUUUUUCUGUACUGCUUAUAAUUGUUACAAUUGUUAACACGAGCGCUGGAAUUUGGGCCCUUGUUAGACAUGAACAAGUGGAUUUGUUGCCAAUAGCGCAUCUCGAACAUGUAUUUGAGCUUGCUAUAACGGACGAUAAGUCUCGUUGGGAUCGUAUGCAUUCAAAGUUACAUUGUUGUGGAAUAAACGGACCAGCCGAUUAUCGUAGUCAAAAUGCAGUUCCUUGGUCUUGUUGCGAUACUUCAUCACUUGCAAAUCCUAAUGAUGAUAAAGGCGUGUGUACUACCAUGUAUACGCGUGGUUGCCAGCAUGUAGUAUUAAAUCGUACUAAAUCGAUUCUUCUUCAUAUUUUUUUGCUUGCACUGUGCUCAGUAUUAUUACAGGUCUGCUUCAUAACGUGCAUGUCAUGUUACGUAAAAGCAUGCCGAGAAAGGAUGGAAAGAAGAAAGAACAUGAUGGUCAUCUCUCAGUCACUCGAGCGAGCGUCCAAAGAUUUCGGAACAGGCGAUAAUCUUCUGAAUCAUCAAUGAAAAUAUUCAAAAACGAUAAGACAGGUACGGCGCUAUUACGCUUCAUGACUGAAACUCGUUUCGCUUAGCGUCAGUAGCGUCAGUUGAACGCGAGACGUCAGUGUUGUAAGUGUUGCUGUUCUGGUUCGUGCCGUCCUUUAAUCUAACCU